CGCACACGCACACUCACACAGACGAGCGGAAGAUUCAGUGAGACCAUCUAGACCAAUUGCGAAUAUCCCAGUGGCUGAGGAUAAACGCGGAUUGGACCAGAGUCUCUCGAAUGAUCCGUUUGGAAUUUGCAAGUGUGAGAAUGAGGCAAGUUGCUGGACAUGUCGGCGUGAGAGAGUAGCCAGCAACAAGAGAGAGAGAAACACUGCCAAAAGCGCUUUGUAGACAUAUCUCAGUGGGCCGAGGAUCGGAGAUGGGCCGUGGAGGUCAAAAGACCGAUCAGGCAUCGGAGAACGGAGGGCGCGGAUCGAACGUCUUCACCUGGGAGGAGAUCCAGAAGCACUCCCGCCGCGGCGACCAGUGGCUGGUGAUCAACCGGAAGGUCUACAACAUCACCGACUGGGUGAAGCGCCAUCCGGGCGGCAUCCGGGUCAUCAGCCACUACGCGGGGGAAGAUGCAACGGACGCAUUCGUGGCGUUUCACCCUGACCUGCGGUUCGCGCAGAAGUACCUGAAGGCCCUGCAGAUCGGGGAGCUGGCGGCUACUGAACCCAGCCAAGACCGUCAAAAGAAGGAUCAGGUGGUGAGUGAUUUCCGCUGCUUGCGUGAGGACCUGGAGAGCAGGGGUCUGUUCCGUGCGGAUCCCCUGUUCUUCAGCCUCUAUCUGGGGCACCUGCUGCUACUGGAGGCCCUGGCUCUGCUGCUGGUGUGGGCCUACGGCACGGGCUGGACCGCCUCCCUCCUCUGUGCCGGUCUCCUAGCUACCUCACAGGCACAAGCUGGCUGGUUGCAGCAUGACUUUGGCCACCUGUCCGUGUUUAAAAAGUCCAAAUGGAACCACCUGCUACACAAGUUUAUCAUUGGUCACCUUAAGGGAGCCUCGGCGAACUGGUGGAACCACAGGCACUUCCAGCAUCACGCCAAGCCCAACGUCUUCAGCAAGGAUCCCGACGUGAACAUGCUGCACGCCUUUGUGUUAGGAGAGACCCAACCUGUAGAGUAUGGUAUAAAAAAGCUGAAGUAUCUGCCUUACAAUCAUCAACACCAGUACUUCUUCCUCAUCGGCCCUCCUCUGCUCAUCCCCGUGUACUUCCACAUCCAGAUCAUGCACGCCAUGUUCUCCCGGAGAGACUGGGUGGACUUGGCCUGGUCGAUGACCUACUACCUGCGUUACUUCCUGUGCUACGUGCCUUUCUUUGGCUUCCUGGGCUCCAUCGCUCUCAUCAGCUUCGUCAGGUUUCUGGAGAGCCACUGGUUUGUGUGGGUCACUCAGAUGAACCACAUCCCCAUGGACAUCGACCAUGACAAACACCAGGACUGGCUCACCAUGCAGUUGAAGGCAACCUGCAAUGUUGAGCAGUCCUCCUUCAAUGAUUGGUUCAGCGGCCACCUCAACUACCAGAUCGAGCACCAUCUUUUCCCCACAAUGCCUCGGCACAACUACUGGCGUGCCGCCCCAUCGGUGAAAGCUCUAUGUGAGAAGCAUGGGAUCCCGUAUGAGGUGAAGACGCUGUGGCGUGGCCUAGUGGACGUUGUGAGAUCACUGAAGAAAUCUGGUGACCUCUGGCUGGAUGCGUAUCAGCACAAAUAACCUCCAUUUUCUCCACACUUUCACCUAUGGCUCCGACUGGCAUGACACGAGUACGUGAUUGUAAACGAUUGCUUUUUUGUGUGACAACUUACUGUUCGGUGAUGUACUAUGACAUUCUCGAAAACACAACUUAAGUGUUCGGUGAUGUACUAUGACAUUCUCUAAAACACAAAGAGGAAGUACUCCAAUGACAUCAUAGUCCUCUUAAAAUGACAUUAGAGAUCAUCUUUGGCCAUCGCUGACUUUAUAUCUGACUCCUGACUAAUGCAGCUGAGCUGACAAUCACACACACACACACACAAUCACACACACACAUAUCGGUUGGCUAAUUUCAACGGUACAAGGAAGGCGUACCUCACAGGUUCUCUUUGUUGACAAGUUUGAGUACUACGUUUUCUUCUUCUUGUGUUUGCUGUAAUUGUGUUUUACACACACACACACACACACACACACACAUACACACACACACAUUCUCACAUACCAUAGAAUGCUAAAACACUGCUGGAGCAUUUCAAGUGAAACCAUUGUGUUUUGUACUGUGAGGCUGUCCUGUCAAGAUAUCAGGUUUAAUAAAGAUUACUAAGCACUG